GGAGUCGAUUACAUGAAAUCUGAAUCUCCACCACAAGGAGAAAAACUGAUUCAAGUGGGACAAAUGGAGUACCUGACCUCAACCCCAUUCCUUGGCUGGUUUGUAAAUAUUUUAAUCACAUUAUGGGAUUGCUAGACAGACUUUCCAGGUUGCUUGGCCUGAAGAAGAAGGAGGUUCAUGUUUUAUGCCUUGGGCUGGACAAUAGUGGCAAAACAACAAUCAUUAACAAACUUAAACCUUCAAAUGCUCAAUCUCAAGAUAUAGUGCCAACAAUAGGAUUCAGCAUAGAGAAAUUCAAAUCAUCCAGUUUGUCUUUUACAGUGUUUGACAUGUCAGGUCAAGGAAGAUAUAGAAAUCUCUGGGAACACUAUUAUAAAGAUGGACAAGCCAUUAUUUUUGUCAUUGAUAGUAGUGAUAGAUUAAGAAUGGUUGUGGCCAAAGAAGAACUUGAUACUCUUCUGAAUCAUCCAGAUAUUAAGCAUCGCCGAAUACCAAUCUUAUUCUUUGCAAACAAAAUGGAUCUUAGAGAUGCAGUGACAUCUGUGAAAGUGUCUCAGUUGCUGUGUUUGGAGAAUAUCAAAGAUAAGCCAUGGCAUAUUUGUGCUAGUGAUGCCAUAAAAGGAGAAGGAUUGCAAGAAGGUGUAGACUGGCUUCAAGAAAAUACACUACAAUCAGAUCCAGGCUGUGAAGACAUGAAAAGAUAGUAUUUGGAAAUCUCGACAAUUGUCAAUUCAAGGAACAUAUCUUAAGGCAAACUGACUACGUUAAACUUUUUAAAAAAAUUUUGGUGCAUCUAAGAGUACUUUAUAAUCUACUUGCAUUUAUGGACUCUGAAUGAGCUUUAUAAGAAUAUAGGCCUUUCACAUAUGCUAAUCUGGCCAUUAAUUAUAUGAAAAUAAAUCCUCAGAAGGGCUCCCGAGAAUUAUCAACUUCUUAGUAAAAGUCUACACUUGAUUGUGAUGAGAAUGUUUAAAGUCAGAGUUAAACUCCGUAUCAAUAUCUCAUCAUGAAUCAUGGUAUCUUUAAUGUAUUUUAUUUUUUAAAUUGUCUUCUAAAAAGUUAGUUCAUAGUAUGACUGCAGUGUGGUUGUGCUUGUGAAAAAGAACUUUAAAUGUUUAUAAGGGACCAUGGGUAAUUAAUGUAUAUUAGAUUUUUACUAUAUGUCACCAUCAAUAAAACAUAAAAUGUAAUGUACCAGCUAGUGUGCUUUGUUUAUGCUGUGUUAAUACAGUACUUGGUGCUUUAAUGUCAAACAUCUGUAAAUCUAAGACCAAGUCACGCUGAAGUUAUUUAUCCAGUGACUAUGUUUUGAACAUCUCUAUACCUGUGCUAG